UCGUUUCUCUUCUUCCUUCAACUAGAGAAAACAAUAUAAACCUAACAUAGAUUGAUUUGUGUAUGCAUAAGGUACUAUAGAGAGAAAAAAAAAGGAAGGAUGAACACAUCAAAGAGCAAGAAGAAGCAAGAAGAGGCUGGUACAAAGUUUCUUGGAGUGAGAAGGAGGCCUUGGGGAAGAUACGCAGCUGAGAUUAGAGACCCAACAACCAAGGAGCGUCACUGGCUUGGCACUUUUGAUACGGCCGAGGAAGCUGCCUUGGCCUACGAUAGAGCGGCUAGGUCCAUGCGCGGCACUCGUGCCCGAACCAACUUUGUUUACUCAGACAUGCCUCCUUCCUCCUCCGUCACCUCCAUUAUCUCUCCUGACGAUCCAACUCCUCCUCCUCCGCCUCCUGCUGCUACUCCUCCUUGCUCUAAUGAUCCUGUUGAUUACAUGAUGAUGUUUAACCAAUAUUCAUCCACAGACUCGCCAAUGCUGCAGCCUGAUCAAGUGGAGAGUAGUUACAUGUUUGGUGGCUCUCCUUCUUGUUACUCAAACAGCAGCAGCGAGCUGCCUCCUCUGCCGAGUGACCUAUCAAAUUCUUGUUACAGCCAACAACCAUGGAGCGUGGAAGACUACUCAUCCGCUACCUAUUUCGAGGGUGAGUACGUUCACAGCCCAAUGUUCAGCACAAUGCCUUCUGUUUCUGACUCUUUGCCUCAAGGUUUCAACCACUUUGGCUCAUAUAAUUAACCUCUUCUCAUAAAUAUUCUAUUCUUUUCUCAUUUGUACGUUUUUAUAUUUCAUUAUGUUUCUCCGUCCUUGAUCUUUGUCUAUGAUCAAAGUGACUGUUUGUAUUAGU